UGACCAGAUCAUUCCGACACUCGCUGGUCUGGUUUUUACAACAAACCAGAUCCACUUACAAGUCGAAUUCAUUGGCGUAAGUUGAAUUUCAACGUAGCUUUUCAACAUUUCGAUUUUCGACGAUCAAUUUGCAGUGCAUCUGCGGAAUAUAGUGUACUGGGAGGGAUGAAGAAACCGGGAGGAGCGGAGAAGAAGAGGGUCCGCCGAUCAACCGGUUCUGCACCUAACGGUUCGUAUUCCUCCACGGAUACUCCUCCAAAGAAACAAGCUGCAAAGAAGGACGUUUAUCAGUUAUUUGCUGAGAAAGUGAGAGAUCACAAAGACUUGAUGUCUAGAUGGGCUGUCCUUCAGGAGACUCGAGUUGAGUAUGUCAGGGGAAAAGACCUUGUAAAAUUUAUGAAGAAUCAUCCAGAACUUAAAGACGUACUAGAAUCAGAUAAAAAUUUGGAAACUGAGGAAAUAGCUAGUGCUCUGCUUCAAAAAAAUUUACUAAUGCGCUGUGACCGUGUGGUAAAAACUGUUCGGCCCGGAAAGAAAAAGUUAUCUACCUGGCCAGCACAUUUAGAGAUAUACCAUGAUCAAGUGUUUUCUGAAAAUGAUGCCUUUUUUGCAUGGACAUUUGCGAAACGAAGUGCCCUUUGGCAGACACUACUCUCAUUCUCCUGGCCAGUUUUGACAUUGGCAAUCUGCUUAUUUCCUGUGUAUCCACAUAGGUGCAAGCUGGUUAUACUCUACACUUGUGCAAGUCUCCUCCUCCUCAUACUUAGUCUUCUUUUAGCAAGGGCAUUGAUAUUUGGUGCUCUAUGGAUUCUUCUUGGAAAGCGUGUAUGGGUUUUCCCCAACAUACUUGCUGAGGAAGCAACUCUGGAAGAGUUAUUCCAGUUUUGGCCCAAGAAAGAUGAGGGGGAGGCACCGAAGUGGUCAGCAAGGCUAUUUUAUGCAGUUGUGGCUGUGCUUGCCAUUUUGCUUCUAAGACAUCAUGCUCCUGACGAGGCUGCUAGAGCCAGGUAUCAAAGGCGGGUUUCUAAUAUUAUCGAUGAUGUGAUUGAGUGGUCACCGAGUCUAGCCCUAUCCGGAAUGAUGGAAAAACAAAAUGCGGGAAAUAAUGUCACUGAACACCACGACAGUACUGCAACCGAAGAUGACGCAGACGAAGUUGAUGCAGUAGAGGAGGCUAUAAUGGGGGGAGAAGUAGAAUACGAGGAGGUUGGCAAAAAUAUAGAAGAGAGUGAUCCGUCAACAAGUUUAUAAGUUUUAUCAAGUGUAUGUAACAAUAUAAACUAGGACAAGUUUAUCUCUCUAUAUAUUUUACAUUCCUUUUGCCUAAUUCUAUGCCAUUCGUUAUUAUAUCGAACUCUAUAUAGUUGACAUGGUGGAUAAUUCUAAAAAGCAUACGUCAACAAGUUCACAUUUUAUUUUUUAAUAUUGUUUGUGUGUGAUAAGUGAAGACUC